GACCUGUGGAAUGCAGCAAACCCCAAUACAGUGUCUAGUCUGUGGGAAACACACACGAAGAAGUUAAUGGACACGAACAGUGACCAAGAAUAAUUAACACGUUAGCCUUUUUAUUGUUGUUAUUUAAACGUUUAUUAACACCCUGGAACUCAAAAUCUGACUAAUUUAACUGCAAAGUAUCACAUGCUUACCGCAUGUUGUGUUUAAUUUGCGUUUGUUACAGGACUUGGUUGAUAGAUGUUAUCUAGGUAACGCUAGUUAACUGCUAACAAUGGCUAACUCUAACUGUAUGAUUUUUCACACUCAAAUAGCCUCCAUCAUGGAGGUGCUAGCGAAUUCAGCCGUGGCAGAGAUCUGUAAAAUCGUAGACGACGACUAUGCAGUGUUUCGUUUGGAAAUAACUCAAAGCCAGAAAGAAAACAGGGCAUUGCGGAGGAAACUACUGGAAGUUAAGGUGGCACGGGAGCGCGCAGAGAAGACAUUACGAGAGCGCGUCCUCGCCAGUCGUCCCAGUAGUGUCAAGAUCCUCGACCGAUACAGAGGAAUGGCAAGAGGUGAAGGGCAUCUCACUGGAGGCCACAGGAGCUUUGUGAAGCCAGCGGGACACAACACAUGGAGAGAUGACCAACCAAUCACUGUUGAUGAUGGGAGCGGAACCUCAACCCAGCACGUUAUCUUGAUAGAGUCUGCAGAUGUAGAGGCUGCAGCUCCUGGAGGAUCAUCUCUGGUCAAGCAGGAGAGGAUUGAAGGAGAGGAGGACCCACAACACAGCAGAGACAUCCAGACUGGAGCAGCGGCUGUACUAGUGCCCCCUGUAGCCACCGAUCACUUAUCCACCACCGUGCCCCAGCCCAGGACGCGAUGCAGCAUCACGGAGGUCAGUGGAACACCGAACGCCACCCUCAAGUCAGAGACAGACACCAAGACUUUAACUGUAACACAAAGGCUUUUACACACAAGAUCUGACCACAGGCUAGACCCAGAGAGACAGGAGCUGGGGAGACUGGGCUGUCCACUUGCUCCUGGAUCAGAGUAUUUACUUUACGGUAACCCGAGACCGAGGACGGUUCAUUCCCAUCGGGACUCUGGUAACACGUUAGAGACUGGCAAUGAUCCGUCUUGUUCUUACUCUACAGAGAUGGACCCUGGCAACAUGCCCUUGGGUUUAGAGACACAGACUGAUCUGUCUAGAGGAGACUGGAACCAGUACAGUAGUAGUGUAUACUCUAAAGGGUGCCAAGAUGAGAAAGGGGAGGGUCUGGUCGUAGAUGAGGUGACUGUGAAAGUGGAGGGGGAUGCUCCUCUGGCAUGGAAUGUAGACGAGACUCACUUAGGAGAAGGAAACUCACAGGGCAGAGAUUUCUUAGAUUACAGGGGAAGCUUAAAGACAAAUCUAAAUGUCGCCACCCACUCCCCUUUACACACGUUCAGGGAUCGCGACCCAGUGUCCACUUCGAUGGGGCCUUCCGAUUCACACGGCAGUGUCUUUUUCGAUCAUGUUUUGAACUCAAACGACACGGCUAGAGCCCAGGCUCAGGGAGGGGGAACAACAUCAAGCAAUAGUAAAGAGAAACGGUUCCGUUGCAUGUUCUGUAACAAAGGCUUCAGCUGCCCUCAGAAGGUGGAAAUUCACCAGAGGGUCCACACUGGGGAGAAACCCUUCAGCUGUACCCAGUGUCACAUGCGCUUCGCCCUGGCUGGCAACCUGAAGAGACAUCAGAGGGUCCACACAGGGGAGAAACCCUUCAGCUGCCCCCAGUGUGAGAAGAGGUUCUCCCAGGCUGGUGACCUGAAGAGGCACCAGAGGGUCCACACAGGGGAGAAACCCUUCAGCUGUACCCAGUGUGACAUGCGCUUCGCCCUGGCUGGCAACCUGAAGAUGCACCUGAAGGUCCACACGGGAGAAAAGCAGUUUGCCUGUACACACUGCGGGAAGAGCUUCUCAGAGAGGAGCUACCUCAGUAUACACCAGCAGAAAAACCAUUCCACUCUAUAACAUAGAAAGUAACUAUUCCACUCGAUAUCCUCUGAAGUUUAGAUGAAACCCUGCGCAAAGAGAAAUUGGUAUUGUAUUGUUGGAAAAGAUCCACAGAUUCUUUUGGAAUGAUGAGUGUAACAGAUUUCAGUGUUGAAUAUUGCAUCCAGGCAUUGUGUGAUAUACACUGAGUAUAUGAAACUUUAAGAAAACCUUCCUAAUAAUGAGUUGUACCACCCCCUUUUGCCCUCAGCACAGACACAAUUCGUCGGGACAUGGACUUUACAAGAUGUCGAAAGCAUUUCACAGGGAUGCUGGCCCACAUUUGUGUCAAGUUUUUUUGUGGUGGACCAUUCUUGAUACACAUAGACAAACGCAUCAUACCCCAUUUAAAGGCACUUAAAUCUUUUGUCUUGCCCAUUCCCUGUCUCAAUUGCCUCGAGGCUUAAAAUUCCUUCUUUAACUGUUCUCCUCCCCUUCAUCUACACUGAUUGAAGUAGAUUUAACAAGUUACAUCAAUAAGGGAUCAUAGCUUUCAGCUGGAUUCACCUGGUCAGUCUAUCAGAGCUUAAUGUUCAUAAUGUUUUUCACACUCCGUGUAUAAGCCUAAUGAGUCUCUUACAUAUUGUGUUUGUACUGUGUAGGAUAUAUAAUGUUCACAAAUGCCUAUUUCAUUACUUCCAUUCAACUACUUUAUUUUCCACCCAAAAAACUCCCUAGUCCUUGCCAAUGACAAGUAUACCCAUAACAUGAUGCAGCCACCACUAUGCUUGAAAAUAGUGUUACUCAGUGAUAUGUUUUGUUUGAUUUGCCCCAAACAAAACGCUUUGUAUUCAGGGCAAAGUUUAUUACUGAAGUGCCAUGUUGCAAACAGGGUGCAUGUUUUGGAAUAUAUAUAUUUUUCUGUACAAGCUUUCUUCUUUUCGCUCUGUCAUUUAGGUUAAUAUUAUGGAGUAACUACAAUGUUGUUGAUCCAUCCUCUGUUUUCUCCUAUCACAACCAUUAAACUCUUAACUGUUUUAAAAUCA